AUGGGUCAAAUUGCUCAGCAACUAGCUUCGAGUUCUCAAGCACAAGGUGCUCUACCUAGUGCAAUCGUGACAAAUCCUAAAGAGCAUAAUAAUGUGAGCGCAGUGACAACAAGAAAUGGUAAAUUGGAUGAAGUUAUCAAGGAAGUGGAUGAAGAGGAAGACCAAUUGAUUAAAGUGGACCUUGAGAUCAAAGAAAAUGAAGUUAUUAGGGAAGAAGUGGUAGCACUGAAACUGAUUGUGAAAGAAACAGUCAUUGAGCCUAAGCCGGUUGUUAAGCUUCCCUUCCUCACUAGAAACAAGAAAAAAGGACAACAUGAGAAAAACUUUGAAAAAUUCUUAGAGUUGUUCAAGAAGCUGGAGAUUAACAUUCCUUUGUUGGAGGGUAUGAAGAUUCCGAUAAAGAAGAAGGAUCGAGGAGCUGUCACUAUCCCAUGUACUAUUGGAGAUAGGUCGUUCAACAAAGCUCUUAUUGAUCUGGGAGCUAGUGUGAGUCUCAUGUCGUUAUCCAUUUACAAGAAGCUUGGUAUAGGGGUUGUGUAA